AUGUAUGAAUCUUCGAAUAAUAUAUUGAGUAAAAGCAAGGAGUUAGGUGAGAUAUUUUUAAAAUCCUUGAAGAACGAUGGGGAGAGUGUUAAGUAUUUAAAUGAGUGCAAGAACUGUGAAAUUUCGGAAUUCUAUGGUGCUUUUUAUUUAGUAUUUUCUAAUGUAAUAAACAAUGACAACAAUUUAAUUGUAUUUAAAGACCAUUUACUGUUUUUAUCUUUUUGUUACAUGAACAAGCUACUUGAAAAGUAUUAUACUAUUUAUACUGUUGAGGAUAAAAAUAAUAUACGAAAUAAUUUUAUAAAUAUAUUGUUUUCUUUACCAAUACAUUUCAAUCAUGAGUUGGAUAGCAGCAUGCUAAAUAUAAAAGAGAAAUCCAUAGGAUUAAUAAAAAAAAAGUUUGUUCAGAAUUUUCUUAACGAAAAUAGUUUUCUUAUCAGAAAUUACCUGACCUCCUUAGACAAUUAUUUUAUUAGUUCAUAUAUGAACUCAACACGAAAUAAGUAUUCUCAGAUAUUAAGUAUACUGUGUAUGCAUAAUGAUUAUAUAUAUUUUAGGUAUGUAUUUAAUUUUAUUUUAUUUUUUUUGAGUGAAUCUUUGAAAAGAAAAUUGGCCCCAUUAGGAUUUAACGAAGUGGAGAAGGAAGAGUUCAAACAACUUAUGUCCGUAAACUUUAUGGGGAAUUAUGGGGGGGGAAGAGAAAACGUAUUAAGUAGUAGUAACAUUCGAAGUAUUGACAACGUAAAUGAUAAUAACAAUUUGAUGAAGCAGGACGAAUAUUUUGGAAGCGUCCUGCACAUCUGCAUAAAUUUCUUGAAAGAAAUAUUUUAUACCAUAAGCAAUGAAAACCCGUCUAAGGUGGUUAACAGGCAACAGUUAAAUAUAUUUCGUUCGAUCAUAAUUAACGAUGUAAAUGAACUAUUUAAUUUUUUUUUUAUUUCUUUUUAUUAUUGUGUGUAUUUUAAUAAAAAAAAUGAAUUCGAGCUUUUGCUAGAGUGUGUAAAAGAAUUAUCUUUUUUUUUUCCAGCAUAUAUAUUUUUUAGUGAGUCUAGUUCUUCGAUAGGUAGUACACCGAUGGGCAGUUCCCCAUCAAGCAGUUCAUCGCUAGUCAGCCCAUCUUUAGUUAGCUCGUCGCCAAUCAAAUUUUUGUUGAAUAUACUACUUGUCUGUUUUACAAAAACGUCAAAUGGGUGUGUAGUAAAAGGGCAAAUAUCCCCUAGUGGGGAUAAUGGUAGUAGAAAUUAUAUCUCUGGUGUUGGUAAGAGUAGCAUUUCGUCUAUUUCUUCUAUAGCUCUUAGCGAUUUUUGUAAAUUGUACAAACAAUACAUUCCUGUAAACGAGUUUACAUGUAAAUGUCCUUGCCUGUACAAGUUGUUAGAUAGUGUAGACAUAGAAGAAAAGCUGCUAGUCAUUUUUUUAAAUAUAGUUGAAUAUAUAUCUAGAAUAAAUAAUAAAACCUUUUUUCAAUUAAAUGAAUAUGAAUUAAUGCAAUUUUUAGAAAAUUAUUUCAAUAUAAAUUUAAAUUUGUAUGAUGUUAAUAAUUAUGCUUUUCAAAAUAUAUACGUACGAAUGAUUUUAAAUUUAUCACGUAUACCUAUGUCGAACUAUUUACAUAAAAAAGAAAACAAACUUAGAUGUUUUCAUAUUUAUAUAAUGAACAUAUUUAAAAAUAUAUAUCACCCAAGCUUAAAAAUUUUAGUAAAUGUAUUAACAAUAUGUAAAAACAUAUUUGACUAUAACAGAGAUCUAAUUUAUAUAAAAAAUAAGGAACAUGAAGGAGAGAGUGAUAUAUUUAAUAUGAACAAGAAUGACAAGGAAAGUUUACUAAAUGAAAAUAAUGAAAAACGUUUUAAUGGAAACCAUUUCGUAAUAACACGUAAUGAUUUAAAGAAGCUCAUCAUUCUGCUGUUUGUCAAAAUUGUUAAGAUACCCAUAUAUACUACUAGUACCCCUUUGAACAAAAAGUUGAUGGUGCAAUUUGUUAGCAGCUACGUGGAGCAGUAUGACGACGCAUGGUUUGAUGCCUACUACCGGUGCGUGCGGGAGUACCAAGAGGAGGUCGAGGGGUGCAUCUACAAUGUUAGCGGUGUUGGUAGUAUUAGUAGUGAUAAUGUUGUUGGCAGUGCCAACGGGAGUGGCCAUAUUAAAAACAUGCUGAAGAACAAGAUUUACGGCCUACUGAGAACACUAAUAGGGAUGAACCACGAAGUGUACCAUAUAAUGUUAGAAGUGUUUUUCGACUUUUUUAAAUUUUAUGAUAACAUAAAUUUGUCUAAUUUGUGCAGUGAAGUAAUAAAGGUGAAGGAUUAUUUUAUAUACAUACUCCUGAGGGUAUAUUACCAGUUGCUUACCUUUUUCAUCAACAUAUUGAAGGAGUGCAAAAGUGUAAUAACGGAUGGAGAUACAGAAAUAAAUAGAAAUAUUAUUUCGUUUCAGCUGCUGAGUAGUGUGGAUGGAGAUUUGACUUCCCAGCAAGCAUAUGUACGGGAUAAGAUUAACUUGAAAACGUUACUUCAAAAAAGAAUUGUAGAGAUGCAAAAAGAGCAGGAUAACGAGAAUGGGGUGGCAGGUGUGAAGGAUAUGAAUGAAGUAAAUCGGGUGAGCAGCCAGUCAGGUAUAUUUCCCACACCGGGUAAGGGCGUUGUAGUGGGGGACAAGGAAUAUAAUAGUGAUAAUAUAAAUGGACUGAAAAAAGAAAUCGAACGAAUUGAUUUAGAGCUACAUAUAAUUAAAUGCAUAGAAAAAUAUAGAGGAUCUCCAUACUAUGAAAUAUGUAAUAAGUGUAUAAUGAAUUUAUUAAGUUGUUAUAAAAUAAUAUUAGAAAAAGAUUUUUUAAAUUUUGCAAAAUUUUCAUCCAAUUUUAUUCUAUUUGAAAUUAAGAGAUUAGAAUAUAUAUCUAGUAGUACUUAUAUUUUAAAUUAUAACAAAGAUUUUGCAUUUCUUAUGAUAGAUCAUUUAGUACAAAACAUUGUUAAGAAUGAUAUGGAGUAUUCAUAUGAAUUAAAAAAAAAUUACGUCUCUAUAUUUACUGCAGUCAUAUUAAAUUUAGAGCACUUUCUUUCUAAUGAGAUGAUUAAGAAUGUGCUAAAAACAUUUAUUGAAUAUAAGAAGAAGACAAAAAAUUUUUUUAAAUAUAACAAGGAGUUUACAAUUUUAUUGUUGACUCUGAUAUAUGUAUUAAAGGUGGACUACAUCAAUGGGGAAUUUCCUAACUACAUUAACUUGGUGCUAGAUGAUACCUACGAAUUCUUAACUUCAUUUAAUAAAACAAUAACGUCAUUUUAUAAGCUAUAUGAACUUUUUUAUUUGAGUGAACAUAAAACCGAAAGGGUACAUUCCUUAUUCGAUGUGUACAAAGUAGUGCAGAAUUAUUUUAGCUUAUUUUCCCUCCGCAAAUUUGGCUGUUUUGUAAAAAAUUCGAAAAAAGAAAAAAAUGAUAGCAGUUGUAAUAAUUUUUUUUUCAUGACUAAUGAAAAGAGACCCAUGGAAGAAACACAUUUUAGUGAAGAAACACUUUUCAAUCAUAUAAACAAUAACACAGCAAUGAUAAAUGAAAACGAAUUUUUACAAAUUGCUUUCAACUUGUUUACCUCUAUAUUGUGCAUUUAUCCCCUUUUUAACGACAUGCUAAACACUAGUAGUAUUACUUUUGAAAACUACCCCAUGUUGUGCUCCGAGGUGAAUUAUUUUCACCUGAACGGCAAGGAGAGGGAAGUGUUAAAUAAUGCACACAGUCAGGGGUGUGGAAGUGUGGUUAGCGGUCCAGUUAGUAGUGCACUUAACAGUGGCGUGGUUGACGGCUUGGAGUAUCACCUACGGGGGGGUGUACCAGGAGAUCCGAGUGAAACGCACAUAAGGGAUAGAGGGAGAAGAAAAAAAUCGAACUGUAGCAUUAGACUAAUGCAUGAAAAUGUUUGCACUAUAAUAAAGAAGUUCAUUAGUGAAGGGUACAUAUUCAUGUAUAAUGACAUUGUGGAUCUUUUUAAUAAUGUUUUGUUAAUAGGUUUAUCAUAUAGUCCAUAUUACUUUUUGAAUGAAAAUAUUUUAUAUAUUUAUCUUUGUUUGAGUGAGAAGUUGAAAUAUGUUAUAAGUAACAGAAUAAUAAAUAAGCUACUAAUUCAUUGGUAUAUUAAAAUAUAUGAGCCUUUUUUUGAAAGAAAAUUUCAUUACUUUAGAGCACAGUUUGAUCAUAUUAAAAAAGUAAACAAUGAAUUAAAUAGCCAAUUAAAUAUUAAGGAAGAGGAAUAUACUAUUUAUUAUGAUAUGCUAUAUAUGAAUAAACACUAUAUUUUGAAUUACCUGAAAAUAUGUAAGAACAUAUUUGUUAUACCCAAUGAUUUUAAAAACACUCAAGAAAGAAGUAAAAAAUUUUAUCAUUACAUUUAUGAUAUUGACAAAGUACAGCUAUUUAACUGUUUUUUACCUACAAUUGAGUUUUUGCUUAAUAGUUAUGAUUGUAAUAUUACAAGACGAUGCUUAAGUUUGCUUGUAGAUGUGUCAGACUCACUUAUUAUGUUAAGUAAUAACAGCUCCUGUCUUUGUUUUGCCAUAUUACAGAUCAUUAAAACUCUUUUGCAGUCCUUCUUUAUGUACAACCCUCUUAUUUUAACCCUGUAUCAAAGUAAGAAAGAGGACGACAAAAGGUUAACUAGUCGAAUGUACAGUGACUAUACAGAUGAACAUAUGGAAGUAUUAUAUAUAGGUGAGAUGAAAUUAUUUAUGAAGGAGGACCCACACGAGUUGUCUUCUUAUUUAAACGUUUUUACCUCCACCAUUUUAAAAAUUUGUAAAAAUUAUUUCAUCUUACAGAAAAAUAUUUUUUCUAUUAAUACAAACAACACAUCAUUUAGUGAAAUUGUAAAUAUAGAGAGCAUAAAACAUUUUAUUUUGUUGUUUGAACGCAUGGAUAACUCUAAUGCAUUCGAUUUCCAGACAAUUCUACUUGAUCUUUUCAACCAAGGCACUUCAGACUACUUAAAAAAUUUGCUCAUUCAAUAUAGAAUGCAUAAAAUGAACAAGUAA